AACGGCACCGACUCCCAACCGGAAGAGCCGAGCCGAGCCAAGUCGCCUCGUCUCCUCCUCGUCUCGCCCCCAACCUCCUCCCCUCCCCUCCCCUCCCCUCGCCUCUGACCCAGGCUAGGGUUCCGCCCGACCCGGCCCCACCCCGCCCGAUCCGAUCCGAUGGACGCCGGCGACUCCUCCGGCGCCGGCGCCGGCGCCGGCGGCGCCGCGGCCGCGGCGGCCAAGUGGCGGAGCGACGCGUCGCGGGCGUUCCAGUACUACCUGGACCGCUCGACGCCGCACGCCACGGGGCGGUGGCUCGGGACGCUCGCCGCCGCCGCCAUCUACGCGCUGCGGGUCUACAUGGUGCAGGGCUUCUACAUCGUCACCUACGGGCUCGGGAUCUACCUCCUCAACCUCCUCAUCGGGUUCCUCUCCCCCAUGGUCGACCCGGAGCUCGACCCCUCCGCCGCCGCCGAGGGCCCCGCGCUGCCCACCCGGGGCUCCGAUGAGUUCAAGCCCUUCAUCAGGCGCCUCCCCGAGUUCAAGUUCUGGUAUGCAAUCACAAAAGCUUUUGUUGUAGCUUUUGUGAUGACUUUCUUCUCUGUGUUUGAUGUUCCUGUCUUCUGGCCCAUACUCCUUUGCUACUGGGUUGUUCUCUUCGUCCUUACGAUGAAGCGCCAGAUUGUGCAUAUGAUCAAGUACAAAUAUGUGCCCUUCAGUAUUGGGAAGCAGAAAUAUGGUGGGAAGAAGAGCGGCUCAAGCAGUGGAUCCCCAAGAGACUGAUCCCAGACCUACCCAGUAGGAAGCAUGGCAGGGGAACAAGAUACGGUGGAUGAUGAUAUUUGAUGUGCUAAAUACCAAGUGUAAUACUUCAUUCAUAUCUAGAGGUAGACGGAUAUUCACUCCUGUUUCUGACUUGGGUUCACGGUUUAAUUCGAUAUUGCGCUUAGAAUGCUUCCUUGUGUGCGUGUAUAGCGUGUUUCACUCUGAUAAAUUAUUUCGUUUAGUUA